AUGUCGCUGCAAACUCGUCUGCAAGUUGUGGCGUGCCAUUAUACAGGACAACAAGUUCUUGAAGUGCAUCACCUGAGAAAUUCCGAACAGGAGAUUGUGUACGAGGAUCUAAACAGAAUCGUGACGGAUCGAAACAAGGAAACAUUCCGAUUGCUCAAUUGCAUGGGCGGUGUGUUUUCGGAGAAGUGUGAUUUGACUGGAAAACUCCAAUUGAGGAAUCCUGUAACCAAGCACACGUUUCCCCUGCCUCAAGUUCCCGACGGCGACGGCCGCGGUUUCCGGGUUCUCACUGUUGGGACUGAUCUCCAUUGGAGAGCCCUUGAAGCUGAGGAACUAGGUGUUACAUUUAAGACAUUAUCAGCUGUCGCGUUAAAUGCAGACGAUACGGUGAAGCCCUUUUCCUGGAAGCAGAAGUUGGCUCUUGCCGAUCUGGAGAAGGGAACUGACCUGCAUUUGUGGAUACUGGAAGACUACAAGAAUUCAGAGAAAUGGUCGGGAUUGAAGAUAUUACGUCCUUCUACGUUAUUCGGCGAUUUCCCACCGGAAUUCAAGAAUCUUAGGCCAUUGUCAUCAGAAGAUCACAGGUUGUGGUUUUGCCGGGCAGAUCACAGUCUCCUUGUAUAUAACAUUAAAACUAGACAAGAAAAAACCAGGCUCGUACCCCCGGCCGGGACGUGUCGGUACAUUUAUAUUCCCAUCCUGUCGAAUCUGAACGGCGCUCUAUUCCCUCCUCCAGAAGAAGAGAAACAGCUCAGGAUUGAGGAUGGAGCAAGAAAUCAUGUCUUCAGUUGCUUCACUGAUCACCUGUUUUACCUUUGCGGUGGACUCGUGAUGGUGAUGUUUCACCUUCCAAAGAAUGACAGUUACAAGAUUGUUUGCAGUGAAUUUGGAGGUCGUUUCCGGGUUCUCACUGUUGGGAAUGAUCUCCAAUGGAGAUCCCCUGAUAAUGGUGUAUGUAGCUUUUAUAAUUUCCGGGAGAAAAGAACAAAAUGCGUACCUAUAAAUGACCUUUACUUCCUGAUUAGGCAUUUCAACAAUGCUGCUAAAGAUUGCUUCUAUGAAGUAAUUUGCCUGGAAGUAGAAACAGAGAGUUUACUGCAUCCCAAAUUCCCCAGGACAUUUUCGCAGGCAAUUGAGCCCCUCUCCCUGGAAUCGUCAGAAGUUGGCAUUGGCUGGUUUAGACAAGGAAAUGGAUCAGCUGCAAGUGUGGAUACUGGAAGACUACAAGAAAGGGGAAUGGUCGGAAAUGAAGAUGCUACUUCCUUCGACGUUGUUCUGCGAUUUUCCGCUGAUGGCCAUGUCAUUGGAUAUAACAUUCAUACUAGACAAGAGAAAAACAUUCGCGUAAUUCCAGCUGGGAAAUAUUCUUUGAGUGCUUAUGUUCCUACCCUGUCGAAUUUCAAUGGAUCUCUAAAUCCUCCACAAGAGAAGAAGAUGUGGCGAAAAUGGAUGAAGGAAAACAAGUUUGUGCAUCUGUAUUGGCAAAAAAGUUCGAAUCUGGAGUAUGAUGAAUACAGGUAUCCGAACCAUCAAAACAGGGAAACAUUCAUGUUCCCCAAAAGAGUAUUUCGACCCCGGAAAACACCGAGGAAUUCCAAAAGCAGGUAUACGCUUCCCCUGCCUCUGCGCCUGAUGAUCAAAGACGUUGGCGACGGCCGAUUGACCUAUGGAGCAGAGUAA